AUGAACUCGAGUUACUUUGAUGCUGACAGUUCUGAGGGACAACCAAUAACUGAAGAAAAGAAAGCCAAGGUGAAUCCUAAGGAUGUUGUCUACUUGAUCAUUUGAAUUUGUUUUGCUGGACCUCAGUUAACUUGACCUCUUUAUUUAUCUGGACUUGAAAAUAAAGUUAUGGAAACUAUGAGCUGAUGCUUUUUUGUUCCUUUUUUGAUUCCAUUGUUUUCCAGGUCGUUGAGAUCAGAAAGUUGUUGGGUCCAUUGCCAGAAAAAUUGUCACUUUAUUGUUCUGAUGCAUGUAUUGCACGAUAUCUAGAGGCACGGAACUGGAACAUCAAGAAGGCACUCAAAAUGCUCAAAGGAAGCUUGAAAUGGAGACUUGACUAUAAGCCAGAGGAGAUACGCUGGGUGAGCUUCUGUUUUAGAUGUGACGCACUUGGUAACAAAACUUUUUCAUAUUUUUUCGAAAAUUUAUUUGGAAGGUACAUGUGGUGGUUUGAAAAGCUAACAGAAAGUCUUCUGACAGAAGUCAUAUUUCCUUCCAAGGAGUAUUCCCAGGUGUGAAAUCUUAGGAUUUUCAUGGCUAUUGGAUCAUUGAAAAGUAACCCAAAUGAGUUGACCUCUCACGGGAUCAAUCAUGUAUUAGAUUCCACAAAUCAUAAUUCUGAAACUAUGACUUACAUGUAAUCAUUCAAACAGUCAGUGUUGGUUACUGAUGCAUGUAAAAGUGUUGUGCUCUUGUGUUAUGCAUCCCUUUAGUUGGUUUAUCGUUUUCAGUUGCUCUUUCAAUCAAUGAUAGUUUGAGAAAAAUAUCAAGAGCUUUAGUAAAAACAAGAGCAGGUCAAAAAAAAUUUUGUGUAGAUCAAAUACUCGUAGUGGGUUGCAAAAUGCUUGUCUUCUUUCAAAAAUUACUACGAAUUAAUUUAAGUGAAAAUGGAUAAUUGAUAUUAUUGUGUCACUUCUCUAUGAUUUACUUAUUUUAUUCAUCAGCAUUAUCUUUGCGGAAGCAUGGGUUACACUUUUAAAUAUGAUACAAAAUGGGUAGCUUAUUAGUACUGAAAAAAUACGAUUUAGUUAGAAAGUCCAGUGUUGUAGAAGAGUACAAUGACACUGUCCACAACAGUUUUGUUGCGAUUGGUUUCAUGCUAGCUAGUCCGUUACGACUGCCACUGAUAUGAAGAGAGGAUUAUAUGGCAGGAGCAUAUUUCUGUGCAGAGUGGGUAGUCCCCAAUCGUAUGUCAUCAUGAAAGCCCUGUAGGGAAUAACCUUGAAGGGAAAGAAGGGGAAAAAGUCUGAAACCAUGUGGAAAACGAGAAGUUAUCUUUCUCCAUCUGAUCAUGCCUUGAAAGGUUUUUUAUAUCGUUAUAUUUAGAGGAGCUCGUCUCAUAUGAGCACAAGCUGAUUAUUUUACUUCGAAACGAGUAGCCAGGGAGGAAAUUUUUGGGUUUGACCAGAGAACUAUGCUCCCUGGUUCCUGCCAAAACCUGGUGAGAACAAAGUAAAAUUGGAAACUUUUUUUGACCUCUUCAAUAUAAGUUUAAUAGAGUCAAACCAUAUUAUAAUGGUCCUAUAUAACGAAGCAAAAGAUAAAUCGUCAAAGAUGUUUUUUUAUUAGAAUGCUGGAUGUUUAAUCUUCCCCUAGGUGGACACUUACCUAAUAAGAAUUUCUCGGAAAUGAACUUAUGCGCAUGAAGGUUUCAGAGAGAUUUCAGGAGCAACUGGGAAUUUUAAUUCUUGACGCAAUCUCUCCCUUAAACCCAGCAUCUAUUUAAAACUUUGGAUAAUAUCUGAUUUAGCGGUCUGUAUCUUUAUCUGGAUAGACUUCUCUUUUCUUGUGGUCGAUGAUCCCCACUUAUUGUCAGAUGGCAGUGAUCAGCAUAGUCUUUUACAUUAUAUUGCAUAUGCUGUUACUCAAGUUACCUUCCCUCAUUUUAACCACAAUAUUUAGGUUAGAGAAAUGUUUCUGCCCCCUGACAGGAUAGAUUAAGCGUGUAGUGGUAUCAAAUUGAGCAUGUACUUCCCUCUUGCAAAAAUCAAUUUCAUCUGGAAAGUAAUGCUUCUUAAAACUGAGCUGUACCAUUCUCUCCUGUAUAAAUCAGAGGCUCCUUGCAGCUGUUUAGUGCAUCAGUGGACGGAUGGUCUUUCUUCCAUUCUUCAAGACUCUGAAAGCCACCCCCUGAUGGUUUCAGGAUGGGAAUCGUUUGUAGAUCACUGCAUCAUUUCGAACCGCCGUUUGGACUAGGAUCGUCGUCAUCUGAAAUUUAUAUGCACGUUUCUUGACUGGUGGCAAACAGUGAACGAUAAUCCUUUACAAACCCUGACCAAGGCCUGAGGUUAACAUCCUUGAGAAGAAGAGUCAUCUGAAGGCUCAACGCUUUCAUUUCAGAGAUAGUGCCUCUAAAAUAGCUUGGCAGUUACCUUUAGUAAGAUUUCAUGAGCAAUUCAGAAGUCAACCUUGUCCCUCCGAGUCGUCGCUUUAUUAAAUUUUGGUGAUUUUCUAAUGGGUAGGGCAAUACACUUUGGGGAAUUCAUGCCAUCAUGUCAUUCCACGCCAUUUAAGCCAUUUUCAUUACGUCGGAUCUACUCUUAUCUUGAUAUUGAAUCUUGGUGUUAACUGCUUCACACCCUUAAAUCACUCCUAGGGCUGUACCUUUUCUUUUCUCUAUUAAAAUAAUCACUUCAAUGAGAUGGGGUUUUCUGACGCCGACUUCAGGAAUCAUACGACCAUCACGCAUCAUGGAGAUACAAUCUUAGCAAGAAAACAACGGCUUUUCGCUCGAUUUGUUCAACUGUUGCUUCCGUAGACUUUUAUAUUCCCUUCUCGGUGCACAAAAUUUCUUCUUCCGACUUACCAUCCUUGUAUUAUCAGAUCUUAUUCAUCCGUUCUUGCCGUCCCGUCUGCUGAUUCAGCCGUUGCAUGCUGAAGGAAGAGGUUGCUGCGGAAGCUGAGACGGGAAAGAUCUACAGGACGAACAUACGAGACAGACAUGGGAGGAGCAUCCUCGUCAUGAGGCCUGGGCGCGAGGUCUGAAUUAACUAGGCACCAUGCAUGCAGCAUGCAGCCUCCAUGUGCUUCUCCUUCAUCUCCUUGACUAGAACCUCUGCGAUCGCAUUGUUCUAACAAGGCUGUACAGAUGAGAGAGGGGUUUUGACGGUUCUUCUUAAGAACUGACAAUGGGCAAAUUCUCACUCGUCCAAACUGCAGAACACCCACUCAGGCAAGGGGCAGAUCAGGUACCUGGUCUACUGCAUGGAGAACGCUAUCUUGAACCUUCGUCCGGGCCAGUCCCAGAUGGUCUGGUUGAUCGACUACGAUGGGUACAAGCUAUCAAAUGUCUCCCUCUCGGUGAGCAAGGAGACGGCGCACAUACUGCAAGAUCAUUACCCGGAGAGGCUGGGGGUGGCUGUUCUCUACAACCCACCCAAGUUCUUCGAACCCUUUUGGAAGGUGCGUCUUUUGACUCCCGUUGCAAAAUCUAAAAUUUUCCAUCAUCUAGAAAAAUAUCUGAUCUUUAAAUGAUAUAUAGAACACUUUUCAACCACCAAGAUUAUUCCAAAAAAAUCUAGUUCAUUUCCAUAAUAUAUUUCUCUUUUGACCCAUUCCAUCUAGUUCUUCUUUUGACUCCCGUGGCAAAAUCUAAAAAUCUCCAUCAUCUAGAAAAAUAUCUGCUCUGCAAAUGAUAUAUAGAAAAUUUUUCAACCACCAAGAUUGUCCCAAGAUUAUUCCAAAAAUCUAGUUCCUUUCCAUAAUAGAUUUCUCCGCUGACACAUAUCUGAAAUGUGCCUUUUUUAAAAUAUCUACAUAUUUAGAAAAUAUAUGAUAUGUUUAGCGACCGUGGAAUACCGUCCCAAGAUUAUUCCAAAAAGCUAGUUCCAUCCCAUGUAUUAACUCCCCGGAUGCACAUUCCAUGGCCUACAGUUCUCGAUACUUCCCUCUUCCAAGCUCUGCCAUCAAAAUUACGGAAUGUCUCCAUGGAUAUUCUGGUCGCAACCCCCCUCCCCCAGUGCCUGGGCUUCAAGAUCUUCAAGAUCUUCACGCCCAGAAGAGUACUUACUACAUGGGAUGGUCAAGCUGAACUCUGCCUAAUGCAGAUGAUCAAGCCCUUUCUGGAGCAGAAGACCCGCAAGAAGGUGAGGUUCGUCUACACGGACGAUCCCUCCAGCUCGAAGAUCAUGGAGGACGUCUUCGGCAUGGACAGGCUCGAGUCCGCUCUCGGCGCCGACAGUCAACUCUCCUUCGACUACGAGGAGUACGCCAAUCGGAUGAGGGAGGACGACAAGAGGAUCCCCUCCUUCUGGACCAGGAGAGAAGACGCUAACGGAGGACAAGCAGAGGAGAGAACAGCGGCCGAAGUCCCUCCUGUUCCGAGAUUAUCGGAGUCCGAAUCGGACGACUCGUCCGGAGGGAACGGAGUCGACUCGUCCCCCCAGAGGCCUCCCUCGGGUGACGAAUCGGUGGAUGAGGAGCCUCCAAGGGCGUCCACAUGA